AUGCGCCUUUUUCAUGACCACUCACUACAACCAGCAGCAAGUAGCGGCCCCAGCCAGCAGCGGUCCCGGCCAGUAACCAGCAAUGGACCCAGCCAGCAGCCAGCAGCGCUCCCAGUCAGCAGCGGUCCCUGCCAGCAGCAGUCCCAGCGAGGACCAGCAGCCAGCAGCGGUCCAGCCGGGAGCCAGCAGCGGUUCCAUCCAGCAGCCAGAAACCAGCAGCAGUCCCAGACACCAGCCAGCAGCGGUCCCAGGAAGCAGCCAGCAGCGGUCCCAGGCAGCAGCCAGCAGCGGUCCCCGUCAGCAGCGGUCCUGGCCAGCAGCCAGCAGUGGUCCCAGCCAACAGUGGUUCCACCCAGUAGCCAGCAGCGGUCCCAGCCAGCAGCCAGCAGCGCUCCCAGGCAGCAGUCGUCCCCACCAGCAGCGGUCCCGGACAGCAGCCAGCAGCAGUCCCAGCCAGCAGCGAUCCCCACCAGCAGCGGUCCUGGCCAGCAGCCAGCAGCGCUCCCAGCCAGUAGCCAGCAGCCAGCAGCGGUCCCAGCCGGCAGCCAGCAGCGGUUCCAUCCAGCAGCCAGCAACCAGCAGCAGCCCCAGGCAGCAGUCAGCAGCGGUUCCAGCCAGCAGCCAGCAGCGGUCCCCACCAGCAGCGGUCCUGGCCAGCAGCCAGCAGUGGUCCCAGCCAGCAGCCAGGAGCGUUUCCAUCCGGCAGCCAGCAGCCAGCAGUGGUCCCAGCCAGCAGCCAACAGCCAGCAACAGUCCCAGCCAGCAGCGGUCCCCGUCAGCAGCGGUCCUGGCCAGCAGCCAGCAGUGGUCCCAGCCAGCAACCAACAGACAGCAACGGUCCCAGCCAGCAGUGGUCCCCGCCAGCAGCGGUCCUGGCCAGCAGCCAGCAGCGGUCCCAGCCAACAGUGGUUCCAUCCAGUAGCCAGCAGCGGUCCCAGCCAGCAGCCAGCAGCGCUCCCAGGCAGCAGUCGUCCCCACCAGCAGCGGUGCCGGACAGCAGCCAGCAGCGGUCCCAGCCGGCAGCCAGCAGCGGUUCCAUCCAGCAGCCAGCAACCAGCAGCAGCCCCAGCCAGCAGUCAGCAGCGGUUCCACCCAGCAGCCAGCAGCUGUCCCAGCCAGCAGCGGUCCCUAACAAAAGUGGUUCUGGCCAGUAGCCAGCAGUACUCCCAGCCAGCAGCCAGCAGCGUUCCCAGCCAGCAGCCAGCAGCGUUUUCAUCUGGCAGCCAGCAGCCAGCAGCGGUCCUCGCCAGCAGUGGUCCCAGGCAGCAGCAGUUCCUUACAGCAGCCAGCAGCGAUCCCAGCCAGCAGCUAGCAGCGAUUCCAGCUAGCAGCACUUCCAUCCAGCAUCCAGCAGCUGUCCCAGUCAGCAGCGGUCCCUGCCAAAAGUGGUCCCGGUCAGUAGCCAGCAGUGGUCCCGGCCAGCAGCCAGCAACCAGCAACGGUUCCAUCCAGCAGCCAGCAGGUAUCCCGGCCAGCAGCCAGCAGCGUUCCCAGCCAGCAGCCAGGAGCGUUUCCAUCCGGCAGCCAGCAGCCAGCAGUGGUCCCAGCCAGCAGCCAACAGCCAGCAAUGGUCCCAGCCAGCAGCGGUCCCCGCCAGCAGCGGUCCUGGCCAGCAGCCAGCAGCGGUCCCAGCCAACAGUGGUUCCAUCCAGUAGCCAGCAGCGGUCCCAGCCAGCAGCCAGCAGCGCUCCCAGGCAGCAGUCGUCCCCACCAGCAGCGGUCCCGGACAGCAGCCAGCAGCGGUCCCAGCCAGCAGCGAUCCCCACCAGCAGCGGUCCUGGCCAGCAGCCAGCAGCGCUCCCAGCCAGUAGCCAGCAGCCAGCAGCGGUCCCAGCGGGCAGCCAGCAGCUGUUCCAUCCAGCAGCCAGCAACAAGCAGCAGCCCCAGCCAGCACAGCGGUCCUGGCCAGCAGCCAGCAGUGGUCCCAGCCAGCAGCCAACAGCCAGCAACGGUCCCAGCCAGCAGCGGUCCCCGCCAGCAGCGGUCCUGGCCAGCAGCCAGCAGCGCUCCCAGCCACUAGCCAGCAGCCAGCAGCAGUCCCAGCCAGCAGCCAGCAGCGGUUCCAUCCAGCAGCCAGCAACCAGCAGCAACCCCAGCCAGCAGUCAGCAGCGGUUCCAGCCAGCAGCCAGCAGCGGUCCCCACCAGCAGCGGUCCUGGCCAGCAGCCAGCAGUGGUCCCAGCCAGCAGCCAACAGCCAGCAACGGUCCCAGUCAGCAGCGGCCCCGCCAGCAGCGUUCCUGGCCAGCAGCCAGCAGCGGUCCCAGCCAACAGUGGUUCCAUCCAGUAGCCAGCAGCGGUCCCAGCCAGCAGCCAGCAGUGCUCCCAGGCAGCAGUCGUCCCCACCAGCAGCGGUCCCGGACAGCAGCCAGCAGCGGUCCCAGCCAGCAGCGAUCCCCACCAGCAGUGGUCCUGGCCAGCAGCCAGCAGCGCUCCCAGCCAGUAGCCAGCAGCCAGCAGCGGUCCCAGCCGGCAGCCAGCAGCGGUUCCAUCCAACAGCCAGCAACCAGCAGCAGCCCCAGGCAGCAGUCAGCAGCGGUUCCAGCCAGCAGCCAGCAGCGGUCCCCACCAGCAGCGGUCCUGGCCAGCAGCCAGCAGCAAUCCCGGCCAGUAGCCAGCAGCCAGUAGCGGUCCCAGCCGGCAGCCAGCAGUGGUUCCAUCCAGCAGCCAGCAACCAGCAGCAGCCCCAGCCAGCAGUCAGCAGCGGUCCCAGACAGCAGCCAGCAGCGGUCCCAGGCAGCAGCCAGCAGCAGUCCCCAUCAGCAGCGGUCCUGGCCAGCAGCCAGCAGUGGUCCCAGCCAGCAGCCAGCAGCGGUCCUAGCCAGCAGCGGUCCCAGCCAGCAGCCAGCAGCCACCAGCGGUCUCCACCAGCAGCAGUCCUGGCUGGCCAGCAGCCUGCAGCGCUCCCAGCCAGUAGCCAGCAGCCAGCAGCGCUCCCAGCCAGCAGCCAGAAGCCAGCAGAGUUUCCAUCCAGCAGCCAGCAGCCAGCAGGCAGCAGCGCCAGCAGCGGUCCCGGCCAGCAGCCAGCAGCGGUCCUCGCCAGCAGUGGUCCCAGGCAGCAGCAGUUCCUUACAGCAGCCAGCAGCGAUCCCAGCCUGCAGCCAGCAGCGAUUCCAGCUAGCAGCGCUUCCAUCCAGCAGCCAGCAGCUGUCCCAGUCAGCAGCGGUCCCUGCCAAAAGUGGUCCCGGCCAGUAGCCAGCAGUGGUACCGGCCAGCAGCCAGCAACCAGCAACGGUUCCAUCCAGCAGCCAGCAGGUAUCCCGGCCAGCAGCCAGCAGCGUUCCCAGCCAGCAGCCAGGAGCGUUUCCAUCCGGCAGCCAGCAGCCAGCAGUGGUCCCAGCCAGCAGCCAGCAGCCAGCAACGGUCCCAGCCAGCAGCGGUCCCCGCCAGCAGCGGUCCUGGCCAGCAGCCAGCAGCGGUCCCAGCCAACAGUGGUUCCAUCCAAUAGCCAGCAGCGGUCCCAGCCAGCAGCCAGCAGCGCUCCCAGGCCGCAGUCGUCCCCACCAGCAGCGGUCCCAGACAGCAGCCAACAGCCAGCAACGGUCCCAGCCAGCAGCGAUCCCCACCGGCAGCGGUCCUGGCCAGCAGCCAGCAGCGCUCCCAGCCACCAGCAACCAGCAGCAGCCCCAGCCAGGAGUCAGCAGCGGUUCCAGCCAGCAGCCAGCAGCGGUCCCCACCAGCAGCGGUCCCAGCCAGCAGCCAGCAGCGCUCCGAGGCAGCAGUCGUCCCCACCAGCAGCGGUCCCAGACAGCAGCCAGCAGUGGUCCCAGCCAGCAGCGAUCCCCACCAGCAGCGGUCCUGGCCAGCAGCCAGCAGCGCUCCCAGCCAGUAGCCAGCAGCCAGCAGCGGACCCAGCCGGCAGCCAGCAGCGGUUCCAUCCAACAGCCAGCAACCAGCAGCAGCCCCAGGCAGCAGUCAGCAGCGGUUCCAGCCAGCAGCCAGCAGCGGUCCCCACCAGCAGCGGUCCUGGCCAGCAGCCAGGAGCAAUCCCAGCCAGUAGCCAGCAGCCAGUAGCAGUCCCAGCCGGCAGCCAGCAGUGGUUCCAUCCAGCAGCCAGCAACCAGAAGCAGCCCCAGCCAGCAGUCAGCAGCGGUCCCAGACAGCAGCCAGCAGCGGUCCCAGGCAGCAGCCAGCAGCAGUCCCCAUCAGCAGCGGUCCUGGCCAGCAGCCAGCAGUGGUCCCAGCUAGCAGCCAGCAGCGGUCCUAGCCAGCAGCGGUCCCAGCCAGCAGCCAGCAGCCACCAGCGGUCUCCACCAGCAGCGGUCCUGGCUGGCCAGCAGCCUGCAGCGCUCCCAGCCAGUAGCCAGCAGCCAGCAGCGCUCCCAGCCAGCAGCCAGAAGCCAGCAGAGUUUCCAUCCAGCAGCCAGCAGCCAGCAGGCAGCAGCGGUCCCAGCCACAGCCAGCAGCGGUCCCGGCCAGCAGCCAGCAGCGUUUUCAUCUGGCAGCCAGCAGCCAGCAGCGGUCACGGCCAGCAGCCAGCAGCGGUCCUCGCCAGCAGUGGUCCCAGGCAGCAGCAGUUCCUUACAGCAGCCAGCAGCGAUCCCAGCCAGCAGCCAGCAGCGAUUCCAGCUCGCAGCGCUUCCAUCCAGCAGCCAGCAGCUGUCCCAGUCAGCAGCGGUCCCUGCCAAAAGUGGUCCCGGCCAGUAGCCAGCAGUGGUCCCGGCCAGCAGCCAGCAACCAGCAAUGGUUCCAUCCAGCAGCCAGCAGGUAUCCCGGCCACCAGCCAGCAGCGUUCCCAGCCAGCAGCCAGGAGCAUUUCCAUCCGGCAGCCAGCAGCCAGCAGUGGUCCCAGCCAGCAGCCAACAGCCAGCAACGGUCCCAGCCAGCAGCGGUCCCCGCCAGCAGCGGUCCUGGCCAGCAGCCAGCAGCGGUCCCAGCCAACAGUGGUUCCAUCCAGUAGCCAGCAGCGGUCCCAGCCAGCAGCCAGCAGCGCUCCCAGGCAGCAGUCGUCCCCACCAGCAGCGGUCCCAGACAGCAGCCAACACCAGCAGCGGUUCCAUCCAGCAGGCAGCAACCAGCAGCAGCCCCAGCCAGGAGUCAGCAGCGGUUCCAUCCAGCAGCCAGCAGCGGUCCCCACCACCAGCGGUCCUGGCCAGCAGCCAGCAGUGGUCCCAGCCAGCAGCCAACAGCCAGCAACGGUCCCAGCCAGCAGCGGUCCCCGCCAGCAGCGGUCCUGGCCAGCAGCCAACAGCGGUCCCAGCCAACAGUGGUUCCAUCCAGUAGCCAGCAGCGGUCCUGGCCAGCAGCCAGCAGUGGUCCCAGACAGCAGCCAACAGCCAGCAACGGUCCCAGUCAGCAGCGGUCCCCGCCAGCAGCGGUCCUGGCCAGCAGCCAGCAGCGCUCCCAGGCAGCAGUCGUCCCCACCAGCAGCGGUCCCGGACAGCAGCCAGCAGCGGUCCCAGCCAGCAGCGAUCCCCACCAGCAGCGGUCCUGGCCAGCAGCCAGCAGCGCUCCCAGCCAGUAGCCAGCAGCCAGCAGCGGUCCCAGCCGUCAGCCAGCAGCGGUUCCUUCCAGCAGCCAGCAACCAGCAGCAGCCCCAGCCAGCAGUCAGCAGCGGUUCCAGCCAGCAGCCAGCAGCGGUCCCCACCAGCAGCGGUCCUGGCCAGCAGCCAGCAGUGGUCCCAGCCAGCAGCCAACAGCCAGCAACGGUCCCAGCCAGCAGCGGUCCCCGCCAGCAGCGGUCCUGGCCAGCAGCCAACAGCGGUCCCAGCCAACAGUGGUUCCAUCCAGUAGCCAGCAGUGGUCCCAGCCAGCAGCCAGCAGCGCUCCCAGGCAGCAGUCGUCCCCACCAGCAGCGGUCUCGGACAGCAGCUAGCAGCGAUCCCAGCCAGCAGCGAUCCCCACCAGCAGCAGUCCUGGCCAGCAGCCAGCAGCGCUCCCAGCCAGUAGCCAGCAGCCAGCAGCGGUCCCAGCUGGCAGCCAGCAGCCAUUCCAUCCAGCAGCCAGCAACAAGCAGCAGCCCCAGCCAGCAGUCAGCAGCGGUUCCAGCCAGCAGCCAGCAGCGGUCCCAGCCGGCCCCCAGCAGCGGUUCCAUCCAGCAGCCAGCAACCAGCAGCAGCCCCAGCCAGCAGUCAGCAGCGGUUCCAGGCAGCAGCCAGCAGCGGUCCCCACGAGCAGCGGUCCUGGCCAGCAGCCAGCAGCAAUCCCAGCCAGUAGCCAGCAGUCACCAGCAACCAGCAGCAGCCCCAGCCAGCAGUCAGCAGCGGUCCCAGACAGCAGCCAGCAGCGGUACCAGGCAGCAGCCAGCAGCGGUCCCAGGCAGCAGCGGUCCUGGCCAGCAGCCAGCAGUGGUCCCAGCCAGCAACCAGCAGGCGGUCCUAGCCAGCAGCGGUCCCAGCCAGCAGCCAGCAGCCAUCAGCGGUCUCCACCAGCAGCGGUCCUGGCUGGCCAGCAGCCUGCAGCGCUCCCAGCCAGUAGCCAGCAGCCAGCAGCGCUCCCAGCCAGCAGCCAGAAGCCAGCAGAGUUUCCAUCCAGCAGCCAGCAGCCAGCAGGCAGCAGAGCCAGCAGCCAGCAGCGGUCACGGCCAGCAGCCAGCAGCGGUCCUCGCCAGCAGUGGUCCCAGGCAGCAGCAGUUCCUUACAGCAGCCAGCAGCGAUCCCAGCCAGCAGCCAGCAGCGAUUCCAGCUCGCAGCGCUUCCAUCCAGCAGCCAGCAGCUGUCCCAGUCAGCAGCGGUCCCUGCCAAAAGUGGUCCCGGCCAGUAGCCAGCAGUGGUCCCGGCCAGCAGCCAGCAACCAGCAACGGUUCCAUCCAGCAGCCAGCAGGUAUCCCAGCCAGCAGCCAGCAGCGUUCCCAGCCAGCAGCCAGGAGCGUUUCCAUCCGGCAGCCAGCAGCCAGCAGUGGUCCCAGCCAGCAGCCAACAGCCAGCAACGGUCCCAGCCAGCAGCGGUCCCCGCCAGCAGCGGUCCUGGCCAGCAGCCAGCAGCGGUCCCAGCCAAGAGUGGUUCCAUCCAAUAGCCAGCAGCGGUCCCAGCCAGCAGCCAGCAGCGCUCCCAGGCAACAGUCGUCCCCACCAGCAGCGGUCCCAGACAGCAGCCAGCAGCGGUCCCAGCCAGCAGCGAUCCCCACCAGCAGCGGUCCUGGCCAGCAGCCAGCAGCGCUCCCAGCCAGUAGCCAGCAGCCAGCAGCGGUCCCUGCCGGCAGCCAGCAGCGGUUCCACCCAGCAGCCAGCAACAAGCAGCAGCCCCAGCCAGCAGUCAGCAGCGGUUCCAGCCAGCAGCCAGCAGCGGUCCCCACCAGCUGCAGUCCCAGCCAGCAGCCAGCAGCGCUCCCAGGCAGCAGUUGUCCCCACCAGCAGCGGUCCCGGACAGCAGCCAGCAGCGGUCCCAGCCAGCAGCGAUCCCCACCAGCAGUGGUCCUGGCCAGCAGCCAGCAGCGCUCCCAGCCAGUAGCCAGCAGCCAGCAGCGGUCCCAGCCGGCAGCCAGCAGCGGUUCCAUCCAGCAGCCAGCAACCAGCAGCAGCCCCAGCCAGCACAGCCAACAGCCAGCAACGGUCCUAGCCAGCAGCGGUCCCCGCCAGCAGCGGUCCUGGCCAGCAGCCAACAGCAGUCCCAGCCAACAGUGGUUCCAUCCAGUAGCCAGCAGCGGUCCCAGCCAGCAGCCAGCAGCGCUCCCAGGCAGCAGUCGUCCCCACCAGCAGCGGUCCCAGACAGCAGCCAGCAGCGGUCCCAGCCAGCAGCGAUCCCCACCAGCAGCGGUCCUGGCCAGCAGCCAGCAGUGGCCCCAGACAGCAGCCAACAGCCAACAACGGUCCCAGUCAGCAGCGGUCCCCGCCAGCAGCGGUCCUGGCCAGCAGCUAGCAUCACUCCGAGCCAGUAGCCAGCAGCCAGUAGCGGUCCCAGCCGGUAGCCAGCAGUGGUUCCAUCCAGCAGCCAGCAACCAGCAGCAGCCCCAGCCAGCAGUCAGCAACGGUCCCAGACAGCAGCCAGCAGCGGUCCCAGGCAGCAGCCAGCAGCAGUCCACAUCAGCAGCGGUCCUGGCUGGCCAGCAGCCUGCAGCGCUCCCAGCCACCAGCAACCAGCAAUGGUUCCAUCCAGCAGCCAGCAGCCAGCAGGUAUCCCGGCCAGCAGCCAGCAGCGUUCCCGGCCAGCAGCCAGCAGCGUUUUCAUCUGGCAGCCAGCAGCCAGCAGCGGUCCCGGCCAGCAGCCAGCAGCGGUCCUCGCCAGCAGAGGUCCCAGGCAGCAGCAGUACCUUACAGCAGCCAGCAGCGAUCCCAGCCAGCAGCCAGCAGCGAUUCCAGCUAGCAGCACUUCCAUCCAGCAGCUGUCCCAGUGAGCAGCGGUCCCUGCCAAAAGUGGUCCCGGCCAGUAGCCAGCAGUGGUCCCGGCCAGCAGCCAGCAACCAGCAACGGUUCCAUCCAGCAGCCAGCAGGUAUCCCGGCCAGCAGCCAGCAGCGUUCCCAGCCAGCAGCCAGGAGCGUUUCCAUCCGGCAGCCAGCAGCCAGCAGUGGUCCCAGCCAGCAGCCAGCAGCGGUCCCCGCCAGCAGCGGUCCAGGCCAGCAGCAGUUCCAUACAGCAGUCAGCAGCGAUCCCAGCCUGCAGCCAGCAGCGAUCCCAGCCAGCAGCCAGGAGCGAUCCCAGUCAGCAGCGGUCUCAGCCAGCAGCGGUCCCUGCCAGCAGUGGUCCCAGCUAGCAGCCAGCAGUAA